CGCUUGGGUCAUUAUUGCUCUAGUAAACACCAAGUAAGAAGCAUGUCGUCUGCUAAGAUUGUCAAGCCCGCCGGCCAGGUCGCCGAUGACUUCGAGAAGCAGGUCGCCCACGAACUCGCCGCCCUCGAGAACUCGUCGGCCGACAUCAAGGCCGACUUGAAGGACCUCUACAUCACGGCCGCCAAGCAGGUCGAUGUUGUCGGCGGCCGCAAGGCCAUCGUCAUCUUCGUGCCGUUCCGCCUCCUCAAGAGCUUCAACAAGAUCCAGGCGCGCCUCGUCCGCGAACUCGAGAAGAAGUUCUCGGGCCGCCACGUCGUCAUCAUUGCCCAGCGCACGAUCCUCGGCAAGGGCCACUCGCGCAGCGCCCACACGUCGGCUCCCCGCGCCCGCUCGCGCACGCUCACGUCGGUCCAGGACGCCAUCCUUGACGACCUCGUCUACCCCACGGAGAUUGUCGGCAAGCGCACGCGCUGCAAGCUCGACGGCACGAAGCUCCUCAAGGUCUUCCUCGACCCCAAGGACCAGGUCAACGUUGAGACCAAGCUCGACACGUUCGCCACGGUCUACAAGAAGUUGACCAACAAGGAAGUCGUCUUUGAGUUCCCCGUCCAGCAGGAGUAAGUUAAUAGGCGUCGUACGGUGGCGCCACGCCGCUCGGGAUGCUCUCGUAGCAGUCGAGCGACGGGGCCCACCGGAUGAUUCUUACUUAGUUUGAGCAAACACAACCAAUAUAACUCUUGUUAUACUACGCUGC